AUGCUCUCGCAUAGAGACCCUGUCCCGUCCAGUCCAGGGAAGGGCUGGACUGGCCAUGCUGGCAUUUCUCUUCCCAGUCUCCCACCUGUUGGAGCCUCAUUUGGAACGUCGGACGUGGGAAAAGACGACCAGAAAGAAUCGUGAGGAGAAGAAAUGAAGUUUGACAUUUGUGGUCAAUUACAUUAGGCCACUUACUAAUACUUCUAGGACCCCGCCUUCUGUGAUCUGACCCGAAACCAGCUUCCCAGUGCUUCUUGGACCUAAUCGUCAACUGCCUACCAUGGCCAACUGUGACUCGUUGGAUGACAAGGCCUCUGUUGAUAUUCAUGACAGCCCCCCUCUGCCGGAUAAUGUGAAAGAGGAGGAUAACACGGUCUAUUUCAUCUACGACGAGGAGGUGGAGGAAGAGGAGCGAGAUGAACCGCCUCCGCCAGAGUCCAUCAAACCCAUCAAUGACCGGCCACAUAAAUUCAAGGAUCAUUACUGCAAGAAGCCCAAAUUCUGCGACGUGUGCGCUCGCAUGAUUGUUUUAAACAACAAGUUUGCAUUGCGUUGCAAGAACUGCAAAACCAGCAUCCACCACCAGUGUCAGUCCUACGUGGAGUUCCAGAGAUGCUUUGGCAAAAUUCCUCCAGGCUUCAGGAGAGCAUACAGUUCUCCUCUGUACAGCAGCCAGCAGAAUGCUACUGUCUCCCAACUCUUGCCUUUCUCGCAGUCGAAUCGCACCGACCCCGUGUUUGAAACGCUGCGCAUUGGCGUCAUUAUGGCCAACAAGGAGCGCAAGAAAGGAUCAGAGGAUAAAAAGAACAUGAUGAUGAUGAUGUUGGAGGACGACGAGUCCCAGCCCAAGCAGCAGGAGAAUGGAGCUGAAGGAACGAGCUCAGAGGGAGACAAGCGAGGAGACAAAGCUCCCGUAGAUGACAAGAGUAAAAAACCUCAGCCAGGAAAGAUCGGCGUAUUCAGUCAGUCUCACUACUACUUGGCUCUGUACCGCUUCAAGGCAAUUGAGAAAGAUGACCUGGACGUUCACGCCGGCGACCGCAUCACAGUGAUCGAUGACUCCAAUGAGGAGUGGUGGAGGGGGAAGAUCGCCGACAGGGCGGGCUUCUUCCCAGCCAACUACAUUAUCCGAGUGCGGGCCGGCGAGCAAGUGUACAAGGUGACACGCUCCUUUGUUGGCAACAGAGAGAUGGGCCAGAUUACACUGAAGAAAGACCAGACUUUCCCCGCAACUCUUCCCGCCUUCUGCUUUUUUUUUUUGUCUGGAUGACUUUCAGUUGUUUCUGUGUGCAUGUGAGAUGGAAGUUGACACGUCAUUUUGAAGGAGCGUACAAGUGACACGGGACGAGGGAGAGAGCGAGAGCGACACUGAUGGGUAUUGACGGUAUUGUUUCAAGUCUUUGUCCUCAGGUAAAUCAGUUGAAUGACAGAAUGGUGCCAGCGAUCAACAAAUGGCCUCCAGAGGAUAUGGCGGGUGUCUCCGACACAAAUUUGGGAGAUGCUCAGUCAGGCUCCUGUAGUUGUCUGCGAGACUGAGCAGCUUGGAAUGCUCUUUUUUUGUUUGUCUGUUUUCAAGGCCAUCUUGUGGUAUGGACGUUCUUCAACUCAAGAUUCUAAGCACAUUUAUUAUUCCGUUUUUUGCAAAUGAAAAGUUGUCUUCUCUGUGAC